AUGCCUGCGCUGAUUGGAGAGUAUCUGGUAUCGUUCAAACCCGAAGUGGGUGCGCUUUCGUCCCCAGAUGCGUUCGUUUCCAAUGGUCUCCAGCGUAUUCCCCUUGCAGGUUGUGCCGAGCUGGAGCCGGGAGACGUAAUUGGAGUGUCUGCCGCGCCGCUACUACGAGUACCGGUGGAAACCCUGAAGGCGGCACCAUCUUCGAUUCCUACCGGCCCCACAACAUCUACAUCACCACCUCGGGUCAACGCCGUUGGCCCCAAGUCCGGGACUCACCGCUCUCCGGACCCAGCCUCCGCCCCGCCUCCUCCGAAGCCGCCUCCACAAGAACUACUCGACCGCUUCUCUGAGGCACAGCGCUCCAGCUUCAUGCGCUUGUGGGCUAGGCUGCCCGCACAUAUGCACGACAUCGCUUUCGAUCUACACAGUCCGGGAUGGACACCGGAGGCUAUUGAUCGUUUGGCCGACGCUCUUGUUGAGUAUUCUGACGUGUUCUCUACUUCGAAAACCGAUUUUGGUUCCUGCACCAUCAUGCCGUUCACUCUUUCUGUCCCCGCAGGGACGAAGCCCGUUGCAUCACGUCCGUAUCGUAUCAACCCGUUGAUGCAAAAGAAAGUGGACACCAUUUUGGACCAGUAUUUGGCGGCAGGGCUCAUUCAGCAUUCCACGUCUCUGUGGGCUUCUCCUUUGAUCGUCAUCCCCAAGAAGGACGGAUCGGUUCGCAUCACCGUCAACUAUAAGCGUCUCAACGCCCUGGUGGAUUUGGAUGGACAACCUCUCCCUCGGGUGGACGGUAUCUUGGAUUCUCUGUACACCGGGAAAGUGUUCUCCAUCUUCGACCUCAACUCGGCUUUCCACCAGAUCGUUUGCGAUGAAGACACUGUCCCGCUAACCGCUUUUUGCACUCCCACGCGGUUGUUCGAAUGGCUUCCAAUGCCGCAGGGAGCCAACGCAAGUCCGUCUUGGUUCGUCAAGGUCAUCAACAGAGUGAUGCACGCUCUGGAGCGUGUGCUUGCUUUUCUGGACGAUGUCAUCUGUUUCGAUGAAGAACCUCUGGGACACGUGCUCAACAUGAUAGGGCUGCUCCAACGGCUGCGACAGUAUAACCUCAAACUGUCUCCGGGGAAGGCUCGCGUCGGCGCCACACACGCCAACUUCCUCGGUCACACCAUCUCUCCGACCGGUGUUAGCCCUGAUGGCGUCAAGGUUAGGGCGCUCACGCACAUGCCGCCGCCGCCGAAUGUUAAGCAGCUUCGGAGCCUUCUCGGUGGACUCAGUUACUGCCGGAAAUUCCUCAAGAUUCCCGCCACCAAGGUGCGGCCUCUCAACUCUCUUCUUAAACAAGGCGUUCCCUUCAAGUACACCCCGGGCAUGGUCAAGGACCACAAAGCCUUGGAGAGCAUUGGCAAGGUUGGGGAACGCAACGCUAGGGUGCAACGAUGGCUCGAAACUCUAUCCAACUUCACCUUCACCCUACAAUAUCGGAAAGGUUCGGCAAACGGCAACGCGGAUUUUCUUCUGCCUUUACCAGCACAAGACACGGACAAAACCGGCCCCAACUGCAUUGAUGGUGUCGAUCAAGCGGGUGUUUUCUUCAUUCGGGCUUGCGGGCGCAGCUAUCACUCGUCGUCUACGCCGGAGACCAACGGCGGCACGGAACGCGUCAACCACACGAUGGCCCAGAUGCUUGCGGUGGUCGGCAAUGAACAGCAAAACGAUUGGGACGUACAUCUCCCGCACAUUGAGUUUGCCUACAACGAUUCCGUUAACCAGUCUACUGGAUUGCCGAGAAACGAGAUCCACAUCGGACGCAUCCCGCGACUUCUGCUUUCGGUCUUCGAUCAUCCCACGGUAGGUGGUGAUCAAAGCGUGGCCCGCGAUCAACUCGAGUAUUGCAACCUGGCUGUCCAUCGCCAGCGCUGGGCCUACGAACUUGUCCGUGAGUACAACGCCCUGAACAUUUUGCCAGUCGAACGUCGCAUUUCAUCCCUGCUGGACGCCAUUCACAAGCUCCCUCACUUUACCGUUGGCGGGUGGGCUUGGGUGUACAGCACGGCUGCUACGAUUCGACAAGGUGUGCAGAAGGGCACGGACCAACAGGUGCUCAAGGCCAAAUUCGCACCUUCCUGGACGGGGCCCUACAAAGUUUUUGCGGUGGGCCCCGCCUCUGCCGACGCCACUCCGGACGGCCGCCCGUUGGCGCGUAAACUCCUCUACCUGGACCUGCCUUCCGAUCUUUCCGACCCAGCGGCUCGUUGUCGCGUGGUAACCGUACAUAUCGAGUGGCUCGGACUCGCGCGGCACAGCGGGAUCUAG